AUGAAAGAGAAGGACAGGGUCUUCCUCAUGGAUGCCCCGCUUGCGCCUUCUGGCCUGUUCGGCGACACCGUCAGUUCCGUCGUCGACAGGUACCAGGAGGCUCGUACACAAGCGGUGGCGUUCCAGCGGUUUCUCCCUCGCCGCUCUCUAGCUCUUGGGGCUGCUGGGUGGGAGCAGCCCCCUCCGUGUGCCAGCUCCUCAUACCAGGAGGCGCAAAAACAGAGCUCUGGGCCGGGGUCUUCUAAGUGCCCUUGGGAGAUCGACCUGCCAACCCUGCCACCCAUGGUGCUUCAGGGCGCAGCGGUCUCCUGUGAGCACUCCUCUAAGUCUCCGCCCGGGAACGUAGCGGUACUGGGAGGCUUGCUACCUCUUCGGAGCUCUCCAGAGCAGCUAGUUCGGCCAUCCUCUGCUGGUCCACCACUUCAGGGCACCGAGCUAGCCGCUCUCGUUACACCAGAGAGAGAGGCUACUGAAUCCAUUCGGUUCUCCACCGCCUCAUUUUUGCGGGAUUCUUCCCACUUUGGUGGGUCCCGGGCAGGCUCUGUACAGAGAUCCACUUAUCUGGGCGUGGUGUGGGAUUCGACCUCGAUGCAGGUACAUCUGUCUCCUGCUCGGAUCAAUCCUCACAGCAGUCGCGAGAGUAAGAGAAGGCUGGUCACUCACUGUGAAGUGGUUCCAGAAACUGCUGGGCUGGCGCACCAGAUCCUUGAAUGGUCCCAGGGGAAACUCCUCUCACUAAGAGCAGUUUACAUCCCUGGACAUCUCAAUAUGGGAGCAGACGCCCUGUCGAGGCAGGGUCCGAAGCCCGGGGAGUGGAGGCUCCACCCCGAUGUGGUGAAGCAGAUAUGGAGAGUAUUUGGCCAGGCUCAGGUGGAUUUGUUUGCGACUCAGGAGACAUCGCACUGUCCCCUCUGGUUCUCUCUGACUCAUCCAGCUCCUCUCGGACUGGAUGCUAUGGUACAGACUUGGCCGAGGCUGCGUUUGUAUGCCUUUUCUGCCUUUUUUCUGGAGAGGGUGCGCCGGGAUGGGGUCCAUCUGUUGCUAGUAGCCCCGUUCUGGAGUAUGGUUCUCGGACCUGAUUUCCCUUCUCGACGGCUCUCCAUGGGAGAUUCCCGUCAGGAGGGAUCUCCUCUCACAGGCGGGGGGCGCCAUCUUCCACCCCCGCCCGGAGUUGUGGAAGCUGUGAGUGUGGCCUCUGAGGGGGCACAACUCGUAGCUUCCGGUCUCUCAGCCGAGGUUGUUGAGACCAUUCUCCAAUCCAGAACUCCCUCAUCGAGGAAACUGUACGCCUUGAGGUGGAAACUUUUCACUUCCUGGUGCGAAGACCGCCGGCUCGACCCAGUUAACUCCCCAGUUGGUACAGUGCUGGAGUUCCUGCAGGCCCGUUUGUCCGCAGGGUUGACCCACUCUACCUUGAAGGUGUAUGUGGCGGCCAUUGCAGCCUACCACGCCCCUCACGGUGGUCAGUCUGUGGGCAGACACCCCCUGGAUACACAUUUCCUCCGCGGUGCGCUGAGGCUCAGGCCUCCGGUGCGAUCUCGUGUCCCUCCGUGGGACCUGGCUGUGGUGUUAGAGGCUCUCUGUAAACCCCCUUUUGAGCCUAUAGAGGGGAUUUCUGAUCGUCUUCUCGCUAUAAAGACUGCCUUUCUUCUGGCAAUUUCCUCUCUUAAGAGAGUUGGGGAUCUACAGGCCCUCUCGGUGGCCCCCUCUUAUUUAGACUUUGCUCCCGGUCUGGCCAAAGCGUUUCUCUAUCCUCGAGUAGGUUAUGUACCUAAAAUUCCCUCCUCUACACCAUGGCCGGUCGUACUCCAGGCCUUCUGUCCUCCUCCCUUUCGGGAGCCCGACCAGCGGAGGCUUAACUGUAUGUGUCCAUUGCGAGCACUGAACGCAUACAUCCACAGAGCUGCCCUGUGGAGAAGGGCGGACCAAUUGUUUGUGUGUUUUGGUCCCCCUAAGAGGGGUCUUCCUGCUACUAGACAGACCCUCAGUCGGUGGAUCGUGGAUGCCAUCUGUCUGGCCUAUGAGUCUUCUGAUCUCCCCUCGCCCUUGGGGGUCAAGGCUCACUCUACCAGAAGCGUGGCGGCCUCCAAGGCCUUUUUGGCAGGUGUAUCCAUGCAGAACAUCUGCAAUGCUGCUGGUCGGUCCACGCCCCUGACGUUCACUAGGUUCUAUGGCCUCGAUAUGCGAGCCACUCCCGGCUCUUCUGUUCUCUUGCCCUAGCAGUGCUCUUCCACACUAGGCAGGGAUUUGUAAGUCUGGCGGCAUGGGCAUACUCGUUCCCAUAGUGUUUCGACGCAGCUUGAGUUCCUGAAGGGGAACGUCUCUAGGUUACGCAUGUAACCAUGGUUCCCCGAGGGAACGAGACGCUGCGUCUCAGUGCCAUACUUCCGGGAUACCUGUCAGCGCUUGCUUCAUUCCUCAGAAGCUGC